AUGCUGAAGAUCCUAGAGGAGGCCAACAAGGAGGCGCUGGCCACCUUCCUCUGGCCACCCGGCUACAGCGCCGGCUUGGUCCGGGCCGCCUCGCCGCCGCUCGAGCUCACCCUCUCACCGCCGGAGACCCCGCAGCUCACUCUCUCACCGCCGGAGAGUCCGCAGCACGCGCCAUGCCUGAGCCGGACGCCAGGUGGCUCGCCGGCGGCGCGUCGGCCCAGUCUGCGUCCGACGGGGUGCCGGCGAGCCGACCGCCGCCGCUCCAGCGUCCAGCUCGAGCUGCUGAUGGUGUUCGGCGGUGCCGAGGCGACGGCCGUGCCGCCGGUGCUCGACGCACCUGGCUGCUACCCCAACUGUGACCUGUCCGUGUGGAUGCGCUCUUGCGAUAAGGAGCAGCUCGAGCCCCUGCACGGCACUGUGACAGGAACGAUUCCGUCCUGGAUUCGGGGAUCGCUGCUUCGCAAUGGCCCCGGGCGUCUCAACGUCGGAGAUGACGAGUUCAAACACCUGUUCGACGCGUCAGCUCUGCUGCACCGCUUCCACAUCUCCAACGGCACCGUGACGUACCAGAACCGUUUCCUGAAGUCGCGCACCUAUGAACGAAACACGGCGGCGCGACGGAUCGUUGUCUCCGAGUUCGGCACUCUGGCGGCCGUGCCCGACCCCUGCCAGACCAUCUUCCAGAGGGUCUGCAGCAUGUUCAGCACAGACGAGAUGAUGACGGACAACGCCAUGAUCAGCAUAUACCCGUACGGCGAUGAGCUCUACGCCCUCACCGAGACGCCCUAUCUGUUCCGUAUAGAUCCGGAGACUCUGGAAACAAAACAACGCGUGAAUCUGAUGAAGCACGCGCAAAUAGUGAACCACUCUGCGCAUCCUCACGUCUGCCCAGACGGGACGGUGUAUAACCUGGGCCAGAGUGUCGGCCUCACCGGGCCCACCUACUGCAUCGUCAAGUUCCCGCCGCGCGACGAGACGGGCCCGGAGAGCUGCUUCGAACGCGCGGAGCUGGUGGCCUCGGUCGGCGCUCGCUGGAGCCUGCACCCCUCCUACAUGCACAGCUUCAGCGUCACCGAGCGGUACUUUGUGCUGAUCGAGCAGCCGUUGACCGUCAGCACCGUGGAGAUCUGCAAGACGCUGCUGCAGCAGCAGCCUCUGGUGUCGGCGCUCCGCUGGUUCGACGAGCCGACUCGGUUUAUCGUGAUAGAUCGCAACACGAACACUGCGACGAACAUAGCUUACCAGACGAGCCCUCUGUUCUUCCUGCACACAAUCAACGCUUACGAAGAGGACUGUCAUCUCAUAGUCGAUCUGUGCGCCUACAAGGACGCCGAAAUGCUUGACUGCAUGUAUGUCGAGGCACUCAAGUCGGCACAGGCCAACCCCCACUACGCCGACAUGUUCCGGGGCAGGCCGACGCGGUUCGUAUUGCCGCUGGAGCCGGGAGAGGGCGACGCCGACCUGGUGACCCUACGUGGCACGGCGGCCUCCGCCCGUCGCUUGCCCGGCGGCACGGUCCAGCUGACCCCAGAGCUGCUGUGUGACCUCGGCUCGGAGACGCCCCGCAUCCACUACGACCGCGUCAACGGCAAGAAGUAUCGCUUCUUCUACGCCAUCUCGUCCGACGUCGACGGAGACAAUCCGGGGAAGCUGAUUAAGGUGGACACGGUGACCCAUCAGGCCUUGACCUGGUGUGAAGAGGACGUGUAUCCAUGCGAGCCCAUCUUCGUCCCAACCCCCGACGCUGUGGAUGAAGACGACGGGGUGCUGCUCUCGGCGCUGCUGUGGGCUCGGGGCCGGGACAGACAGGUGGCGCUCCUGGUGUUGGAUGCCCGAACUAUGCAAGAGCUCGGACGUGCGCAGUUCACCGCAGACGCGCCCGUACCCAAGUGCCUGCACGGCUGGUUCAAGGAGGACAGACUGACAGACGCGACCUAAGACGGGUUGAGCUGGGCUGCGCGCUCUGCUGACUGCGCACGAUUAACCUAUAUCCUAUCCGUGGCAACAACAGGAUUAAACUGAAGACCUCUGGCAAGCAUUGCAAGGUUUCGCCGGGUUUCGUGAGGGCUUGUCAGCGGAGGGCAGGUCUUCACGAGCUCGCAUAUGAAACUCUGGGUCACAAAUCAGGCAGAUCAACCGACGCCACCACGAGAAGAGUCUGCUGUUACGCUAGUCUCUUGUGAGAAGCUGAAGUUAGGUGUCUGUGUAUCUUCUGCGUUUUAACUUUAGUAUUUUUGCAUGUGCGCCAUGGCAUAGCGCUCGGCACGCUGGGCGCUUGGUUGGCGAACUGGGCGCUCUGUUGGAAUACUGAGCGCUUAGUGGGCAUACUGGGUGCUCGGUCGGUAUACUGGGCGUUCGGUCGGCAUACUGGACGCUCGGUCGGCAUACUGGACGCUACUGGGCGCUUGGUCUGCGUUCUGGGUACUCGGUCGGCAUACUGGACGCUACUAGGCGCUUGGUCGGCGUACUGGAUGCUCGGUCGGCAUACUGGGCGCCUGCUCGCACUGUGCGCCUGGUCAUGCCGAGCGCUUCAUCGUUUCUCCAUUAUCAUAAAGCCCUGGGGCUAUCAUAUACGUUCCGGAAUCCGCGCUUCGUUUUUAAAACGUAAGGUUUCGGCAGUGCGUUCUACCUGUGCUCGUGUUCUUUUUUAUACGGGCAUACAAUAGUUUUGGGAUUAUGGCGAUUUCUCUAGCUUCCACAUCUGUUUCUAAACUGCGCGAUCUGUACAUGUUUGUAAA